AUGUCAGGAAGCUCUCGCAAUCGCAACCCUACGACAUGGGAUCAAUAUGAACGAGGGGGCUCGCCCGGCCGCGGCAGCGUUUCUUCCAAUGGCGGGAGAAGCGUUGCCUUCGACGACGAAUACCUAGACCACAGCCCGCGCGCAAGCGUUGAUGACGGGAACCUAGCAAAUAUGCGACGAAGGAGAUCUUCCGUCACGAACCGACUCUCAGCACUCGGGGAUGUUGGAGGAGUGAACAGCAUCCGGUCCUUCGCACGAUCCUGGCAGCGAGCGGCAGAGUUCACUGAGGUCAUCCCCCAGCGGCCCUCGUUCAUGCUGGCACCCGAACAGGACUCAAUCGGCGCCCAUGAUGGUCUACAAUAUGGCAGAUCGGAUGAAGAGGCCGGCAGGGCUGGUUUCCCCCAGGGCACCGCCCCGCGCGUGUCGCUGCUGCGCCAGCACCUCGAGGCGGCUCCAGAAUCAGCGGUGCGCGACGACAGCCCAGAGCCAGGGGCAAGCGAGGCGCAAUCUCUUCUCGAACCCAACAGGCACUACAGCACGGGCUCCUUCCGGGACCGCGAGCGCAAGGCUUUGGACAACGAGCUGCGGCGCACAAUCUCCUUCAGCAGUGGCACCCCGACCUCCCAGUCCAUCUUCGCCGUGCCCCCGUCGUUGGCCACCCCGGACAUCGUGGGCAGCUAUGCUGAUUUUGCGGGAAGCUAUGGGUCGCAUCGCACUUACGGGACCAUUGCCAGCGACGACACAUUCAGCAGGGCAUCCAUGGCCCAGGCCGCCGAGAUGUGGCGGCAGCAGCAGGCAGCCGGCAAUGUGCCAGACGGGGAAAGUCGGCCGAUUCUUGUGAAGGAGGUCGAAGAUCGGGACGGGAAGAUCGUGUUGACGGUCGAGGGACAGAGCACGCUCCCUCAGACCAUUUUCAACUCUACAAACGUUCUGAUCGGAGUCGGUCUUCUGAGUUUGCCAAUGGGUAUCAAGUAUGCAGGCUGGCUGUGCGGCAUGAUUAUACUUCUCGGAGCGGCUGCGGUGACUUCUUACACGGCGAAGCUGCUCGCGAGAUGUAUGGACUUGGACCCGAGCCUGAUUACCUUCUCGGAUCUGGCCUACAUCUCCUUUGGCAGAAACGCGCGGAUCGCCACGAGUAUACUGUUCACCCUAGAACUACUCGCAGCCUGCGUUGCUCUUCUGGUGUUGUUUGCGGACUCUAUGGAGCUGCUUUUCCAAGGUGUCUUGUCUGGGACGGAGUGGAAUUUUACCAGCAUCAUCGGCAUAGUGUGUUGUUUUACAAUUGUUGCCCUCGUCAUUAUAGACGGCCUCGUCAAGCCAAACGCGCCUGGUUCACUGCUUGAGCCAGCAGCCACCUAUCUCGUCCCUGCCAACUGGUUGACUCUUCCGCUCUCAUUCGGGCUCUUGAUGUCCCCGUGGGGAGGCCAUGGAGUGUUCCCAAAUAUUUACCGGGACAUGAGACAUCCGCAUAAGUAUGCUCGUGCACUGAAAAUCACGUUCUCUUUCACGUUCCUACUUGACGCCACGGCUGCAGUCGUCGGCUUGCUCAUGUUUGGUGACGAUGUCAUGGACGCUAUCACUUCCAACAUAUUGACGACAUCCGGAUACCCCCAAGCGAUAACAUACAUUCUGUGUGGCGCCAUUGCCAUCAUCCCCUUGACUAAGAUCCCGCUCAACGCGAGGCCAAUUGUUGCAACUCUGGAGGUGCUGCUCGGAGUACAUCAACAGGCCCUCGCAGAGUCGUCUGCCAUAGUCGGCAUGUCGAGUUAUUUCAGGGGCUUGGUGAAGAUCUUCAUUCGCAUUGUGACAAUUUUUAUAUUCUUGGCCAUCUCAAUCGCUUUCCCAGCGUUCGAUAGUAUUAUGGCCUUCAUGGGCUCUGCACUGUGCUUCACCAUCUGCGUCACGUGA